AUGGUUCAGGCUGUGGAGUUUACGUGUGGUAUAUGGAGCCCGACGUUUUGGCUGGACAAGCUCUGCAUUAAUCAAGUCGAUGGCGAUGCCAAAGCAGAAGCUAUUGCAGCACUUCCUGACAUCGUUCGGAGCUCCUCCCGAAUGGUACUCUUGUGGGACGACACCUACUUUGAGCGUCUUUGGUGCCUCAUGGAAAUUGGCAUCUUCGCAAACAGCCAUGACACGGAUGCGUUGAGCGUCUUGCCUUUGUGGCUGGCACCAUGGCUUCUCUUUGGCAUGUCCUUGGAGUGGCUAUGUGCCCGAUGGACGAUCCCACUGGUGAAUAGCUCUUUGACCCAAUCCGAACCCUGGUUUCUGAUUCCCCCGAUUUCGCCCACCAAGCUCAUUGCACAGAAUGUGGCGUUUGCGCUGGGCAUUACAGUGGCUCGUCUGCCAUCCAUCGCUCUAGCACUGCUGGCGUUCCAUUUCAAGCUGCAGACUCGCCAAGCACUGCUAAAGCAGCUCGAGAUGUUCGAUGUACACACCACAACGAAGUGCCUGGUCGCUGGUGACCGCCCCUUGCUGGAAGAUAUGCUGGCACGACUUUAUGAUGAGAUUGACGCCUUGCCUCUUGCCGUUGCCUUCGAUGUUCCGGAUUCUGAAGCUCAGACCCUUCUGCCGCAGCGUGCUCUGCACGACAGAAAGCUCGCCGAAGUUCUCAGAACAGAGUCGGUGAGAAAGGUUACAAGCUAUCCAAGCCAUCAGCAGGCGUUAGAAGCCUUCAACACCUUCAUCCGUGAGCAUCUUCUCCAGAAAGCCUUGCAAGAAUCUGGUGCAGAAACUCGCAUCUCUCCAAGCUUGUGCAGCUUGACAUACAUGGCAUUUGUCUGCGGGUGCUUAUCCGCCACCUAUCUCCAAUGUGAUGGGGUCCCAUGCGAUGUGGAGGCUCAGGCAACCGGCUACGCGUCCACUCAGCAAAUGUGGGCGGCGGACGUACUUGCCAUGCUGAACACGUUUACGCUGGUUCUGCCGACAUUGCCAUCACUGCUUCUCAAGGUUGCGGGUGCCGUUUCCCACCAAAAGAUUGGCAUUUGCUGUCAAGCUUCGGUAGGCUUGCUGCUUGGGACUGCGAGCUGCGCAUUCACGCUCAGCCUGAAUGGCGUGUGCUGCGCCUGCAUUACGGGCAUGUUCAUUCAGGACGGGGUUCGAUAG